AUGAAUGAUCAAAAAAUCAUGAGCAAUAUGGCUCAGUUAUUGCUUGAAAACUUGCCAGUUCGUGAUAAUGAAAUUUAUGAAUAUAAACAAGGAGAAGAACCACCGUAUUGUUUGUAUGAUGAUAGUACGCUUGCGGCAAGACUGCCGGGUAUUAAUAGAUGCGUACUAUUAGUAGACGCAAGUGCGUUGAACAGAUUUUAUGUCGGACCAUUUUCCGUAUCAGAUUUUGAUCAGCUAAGUCAAUCAGUAGAGCGAGUCAAUAAAUCAUUUGCUGAUGUAGUUACUCAAAUAUUUCCGAAAAUUUGUCCACUAGCAAAAUGUGUACAUUAUAUUUCACCUUUGGAAUUUUUCUUCUAUUGUUGCUGCGAUAAAUUAUUUUUAACUUGUGCUUAUACAAGUAGUCCAGAAUUGCUUUCUUUUACGAGUAUGAAUGCAAAAUCCUGGGUGGAUGAUUAUUCUUUUUUAUCACAUCAAGGACAUUUUGUGGAGCAUUAUGCCAGUGGUAGUACGCUGUUUAAUGGUCGCCCUUGGAUAUAUCGAAAAUUCGUUUAUAGUAAACCAACAUACGAUGAAACCUCAAGAAAACUUAUUUCUGGCAUGAAGAAUGUGCGUCUAAACCUCUGCGCUUUUGGUAAUUUUAGUGUGAUCAUUGGUAAGCGAAAAGAGCAAGAUUUUCCUGUGAGUAUUGUUGAUCGAGGAACAGUAAUGGAACCUCAUGAAUUUUGCUAUUACAAAGUAUCGAUUGAAUUUCAGAACAGUGAUCGUGAUCCCCCGUACAGGCAGCUGCGUAUAUGGAAGUGCUUUCUAAAAAUGUUUAUACCGACUCAAGAUCCAUUUUGUCGACCUUAUAUACCUAUUGUUUUUAAUUUCAUCCAAUGUUCAUGCCUUUCAAAUCCAAAAUUUCCUGAGCAGUGCGAUUUGGAUUUUGCUAACUUCGUAGACACGAAUGGUCACUCGAUAAAAUUUCCAAAAUGUUAUAAAACAAUUGGAAAUUUUCCGGAGCUGGCAAGAAAUGUAGCCUACUUUGGUUCUUUUGGUUCAAGCGAAUAUAUGUAUGAGGGGGUAACUCAUCAUCCAUUAUGCUAUGAUAUGUUGCAAAUAAAUGAGUUCGAGAAUGGCAUUGAACACCGCAGCGGAGCAUUUGAUGAGAUUGUAGAUUACUUGUACAGUGCCAAUAAAUUUGAUGGAAAUUUGCGUCGGUUUAUGUCAGUCACAGAAAAAGUAGCUAAUAUCGAGAAAACAAUUACACGUUAUAUCUUCAUUUGCUUUCAAGAAGUAGAUAAAGAUCCUUGUAAUGGACAUAACGUUAUUCAUCAAAAAUUGCUGCCAGAAGUUAUUUGGGAAGAAAGUAGCAAGCGUGAUCUUGAGAAAACUUCACGAUGCCAUUCUACUAAUCGUACUAAGCUCAUAAAUUGUGUGGGUAGACAAGGCUGCUUUGAUUUUCAUAAUGUUAAUAACUUGAGAAUGAAUGGAUGCAUUGAUCAAAUAGAUAAAAUCAUUACGGUCAAUCCACAAUUUCGAAUGCUUCAUAUGUGUAAGCGUGAGUUCUGGAGAUUUUCCAAACAAACGAUUCGCUGUUUCGCUGUGAUAAAUGACUCAGGCAGCAACCUUACGCUAACAGAAGGCGUACUAUGUUGCUGCAAGUCAACAUGCAUGGCAUUUGAUGAGGGUUCUCAUAUGCAAAAAGAAAAUGGCUAUUUUCCAUUUCCAAUGUGA